CAGCAUCAGUACCGCGUUCGGAAUCGCAUUCGUGUGCUGGAGUCAGAGCGCGCUGCGGGGCAUCACUGCACCGCCACGGAGGACACACCAUCACAGAAGCAGGAACAGGGAAAAGGCAAAAAGGCGUGAAAUAGUGCAGAGGGGGAAGAUCAGGGCGCCUUUUCCCCCCCUGAAAUCACCUAAAUCUGUGGGAAAUUAAACUGGAGCCAGACAUUCGCUAAUAAUAAAUCCACGAACGCAGCGGACAUCUCAAGCGAUAUUUUUGGCCAGCACGGCGGGGAAAAAUGAAGGAUCGCACGCAGGAACUACGAAGUGCUAAGGACAGUGACGAUGAUGAGGAAGUCGUUCAUGUCGACCGAGACCACUUUAUGGAUGAAUUUUUUGAACAGGUGGAAGAGAUCCGUGGCUGUAUUGAAAAGCUGUCGGAGGAUGUAGAACAGGUCAAGAAGCAGCACAGUGCCAUCCUAGCAGCACCCAACCCUGAUGAAAAGACCAAGCAGGAGUUGGAGGACCUCACAGCUGACAUUAAGAAGACAGCCAAUAAAGUGCGCUCUAAAUUAAAAGCAAUCGAACAAAGUAUCGAGCAAGAGGAGGGGUUGAACAGAUCAUCUGCAGAUUUGCGGAUCCGCAAGACACAGCAUUCCACGCUGUCACGCAAGUUUGUGGAGGUGAUGACGGAGUACAACACCACGCAGUCCAAAUACAGGGACCGCUGCAAGGACCGCAUUCAGAGACAACUGGAAAUUACUGGCAGAACAACUACCAAUGAGGAGCUGGAAGACAUGUUGGAGAGCGGGAAGCUUGCUAUCUUCACUGAUGAUAUCAAAAUGGACUCCCAGAUGACCAAGCAGGCACUAAAUGAGAUUGAGACUCGACACACUGAGAUCAUUAAGUUGGAGAACAGCAUCCGUGAGCUGCAUGACAUGUUUGUGGACAUGGCCAUGCUGGUGGAGAGUCAGGGAGAGAUGAUUGACAGAAUUGAGUAUAAUGUGGAACACUCUGUGGACUAUGUAGAGAGAGCAGUUUCUGACACCAAGAAGGCUGUCAAAUACCAGAGUCAGGCACGCAAGAAGAAGAUCAUGAUCAUCAUCUGCUGUGUAAUUUUGGGAGUGGUUUUGGCGUCCACUAUCGGAGGAACCCUGGGCUUCUAAAUGACAUGAAGAGAGACAAACACUUGGAAAGCUGAGUGUUUUAUCCACUUAAACACGAGAUAAGGAAACUCUCGUAAAAAACGGGGGUUGGGUAGGGUAAAAAUCGAAUAUUCAAAAAUCAAACAAUCAAAAAAAUAAAUAAAGGAGAUGUUACGUACUAGUUGAUUUAAAUAUAUACAAAAGUGGGUUCAAAUACAACAUAAUAUUUACAAACUGUACAUGUAAAUGUAUUGAACAUAAAGCAGCACAUGGGUUACUACCUGUAAAGGGAUAAAAAUCCAUUUUUGUUUUUAUUUUAUUUUUUUUAGCGUUGCUUUCAUUUUUGGGGGGGCCUCCAGGACAGUGCCAGCAACUGCUAAAUUGUUUUCCGUUCCGGCAGAACAUGGUGUUUGGCAAACCAUACUAGCAUUACGAAUACUAACCAACUGACUGCAUAGAUAUUAUAGAUAGUAGUUUUAGUCCGAUUUCAAUGGCCUAACGUUCCGAGUGGUUGCUUGCAUUCAGAUGAAAUCUCUCAUCGUUACAUUAUUAGCUCAUCACCGAUGAAGUGCUGUAGUUUAAAAGCUCCGUCAACCUCAUAGCCGAAUUUCUGUCUUAAUACUUUUACUGCGGGCAACCGUAAACAAACGAAGAUUAAGAGAACUAAGAAGCACACAUUUCGAAUUGUGAGAGGAAGUGAUAUCACCAAGUUUGUACAUGGAAAUGGUUUUGUUUUUACUUCAUUUGCUGUAGGCAGUGAAGGAACGGACAUUUCAUUUGAUCUCGUUUAGAAAGCUACACUGGGAUCGAAAGGGUGGCAUUGCGCAAACUGUUGAACUAUGCAGUUUUGAUAGUGAUUUGCCCCUGCUUUUUUAAUUAAUUCAUGAAAAGAUUCUGAAAGACGAUUUCUUAUAAGGAACAUUUUGAGAAAUGUUAAUACUUGAAGCAAUGCCUAGCCUAAAUAUUAUCUUUUGGAGGGUGGUUAGGUCUGCUGAAAUUCAUUUUCCUUAUUUUACGUUAGUUUUGCACUUUUUUUAUUUGCCUUGUUUCAUAAAUUGCAUAUAUAUUUUACAUUAUAAUAUAAAGGAUGGGCUUGAACAGGACCGUUUUGGUUUUGAAGGAUCAUUUUGGGAGUUUGCUUGACGUUUCACCUUGGUGCUAGUUUAUGAAGAGAGAGUAAUAAAAUUAACUACGGGGACGUGAUAGACACUCUUAGAUCCUUAUUGUUAAAUUCUACAUAUCUGAAACAAUGGGAGUAGGUGCAGUGCAGAUGAGCUAUCUGAUGAA